GCCGUCUCGCGGAAGCCAUUUUCAAACAAUAUGGCGGAUGAAAUGUAGUAACUUAGACAUUUUAUUCAAAGAUCAGAAUUUUUAUAAUCUGAUCAAGAAUGGAAACAAGUCGAACAUCAAGUCGUCAAAACAAGAGCUAUCAGGAACCAGAUAAAGAAAACAAUGUCUUACGCAAAAGACCACCAUCAGGAGGCAGCCGACACUUGAACAAUUCUAAUUCAUCUAGUCUUGAAAUCCUGGAACCAGAAGAGACGUCCAGAAAAAAGGAGCAGUACCGGGACCACAGACAACCCAGUAGUGCCAAACGUGGGAGCCAUGCAGGUUCUGUUCCCCCUAGGCCAGAUUCCACCCUCACACGGCGGACACCUACACCAACUAAACAGAUUUCAUUGCAGGCAGUCAGGCGGAAAGAAGAAAGAGAUGACCCUAUUGUAGCUGAUGUUGACUGGAAGGAAUUACAGUCACAGAGAAGGAACAAGGGGAGGAAGAAAGACUCUCUGACAGAAAAAUUCCAGGAGCUGGAUGUUACAGAUAAAGACAAGAUUUCCCUAGAGCAAUCAUCCAUACCUUUCUCAAACUCAUCUAGACAUCACAAUUGCUCACAUCACCAUGAAGAAAGAACAGCUGGAACCAGUGACAGAUGCAGAGAAAUCAAAGAAACAAAAAAAGUCACCUCAGACGGGAAGUCAUUGGAGAGUAAGCAAGAUGGUGGAUCAGGAGCUGCUGCUGGGAGGGGGGAGAGUAGUGAUGACAGUGACACAGAAGACUCAGAGGACGAGGAGGAGAAGGCUCCCAAUCAGCUGCUUAUGGAGUUUGUGACCUGCUUAAUGGAGAAGGAUUAUCCUAAUGCCCAGAAGCUUUGUAAAAUGAUUUUGCUCUAUGAACCUGACAAUGCUGAGGCACUGAAAUUUCAACCAUUGAUAGAUGAAAAGAUAGAACUAGACCAGGAGGAGGAAGUGGCUGGGAGUGCGGAUUCUGAUGAUGAAGGUGUUGAUGAAGAUGAGGAGGAGGGGGAAGGUGACAGUGAUGAAGACAGUGAAGAUGACAGUGAUGACAGUGACAGUGAUGAUGAUUCUAGUGACUCAGAUUCUGAUGAUGAUGAUGAUGAUGAUGAUGCCGAUGAUGAUGAACAACAGGAAGACAAGCUGGAUUCUGGGAUAGCAUCGGCUGCAGGCUCUGUACACUUUGACAUGUGAUUGGUUAUGUGAAGGAUUGGAACAAUGAAACUGUUAUGCCUUAAGGCACAUUUUUAAUAUAUUGUCAGGAUAGUAGUAUCUGUGCUGCUCACCUCAUGAACUGACUUGCUGAACAUGAAUUUUACUGAAUUCAACUAUAUCUAUAUGUGAUCAGCAGUUGUGCAGAACAUUGUCAAUGUGUGUGUGUGUGUGUGUGUGUGUGUGAAGUUGUGCACUUGUCGAGGCAUACAAGGCAAAAUAUCUGUGAUGUAAAUAUAUGUUCUUCAUCCAGUGUAAAUAUCACAUAUAAACACGCUAUUUGUUGCAGAAUGUUGUUUAUGCAGAUUCUGUAUCACUGUAUGUUUGCUGCAGCUAAACCAAAACACAACAUCCACCUUUCAUGAUGGUUAAUCAGAGGCCAGGGUGAUACAUCUUUAAUAUUUGCAGCAUUUGGUUCUGAUUAACUUUCCGUCCAAAUAUCAAUUCCAUCCAAAUUUGUUUUUAAUUUUUCUUUAAUUUGAAUACAACUGAAAAUACAAAUAAAUUUAUUGCAUGAUA